AAGACAAAGAUCCCCCGUGUAGCUUUAGAACAGAUUGUUGGGGCAAGUGCUGUUAGCGAGCACCUAUGAAGGCCGGCACGGCACACGAGGGGGUGGGGUGGCCAACACCACGCCCGGCCGCCUUUGUCUCCCCAGUGGCGAUGUUCACAGUCCCGAUGAUCCGGAUGCCAAGUUAAUCGACACUGGGGGUGGUGUGGGUCGUGAGCGGGAAUCCAACUCGGGUUGCCAGCUGCUGGAAGGCGCCGGGGAUCGAGUUGGAGCUUCUGCUGCGAUCGGCUUGGUAGCUUCUGCGAAUCGAGGUGGAUCUGCUGGGUCAAGGUGGAUCUGCUGGAUCAAGGUGGAUCUGCUGGAUCAAGGUGGAUCUGCUGGAUCGAGGUGGAUCUGCUGGAUCAAGGUGGAUCUGCUGGGUCAAGGAGGAUCUACUGGAUCGAGGUGGAUCUGCUGGAUCAAGGAGGAUCUGCUGGGUCAAGGUUUACGUUUCGGAUCGGGCUGGGAAGUUGCCGAAUCAACGUGGAGAUUGCGGAUCAAGGCGGUGAUGAUGAUAGUGGUGGUUGUGUAAAGCAAGGUGCUGGAUCAAGGUGCUGGAUGAAGGUGGUGAUGGUGGUGGUGUGAAUCAAGCAGCUGGAUCAAGGUGCUGGAUCAAGAUGAUGAUGAUGAUGAUAGUGGUGGUUGCGUGAAUCACGGCGCUGGAUCAAGAUUGGAUCUUAAUCUUAAUUUCUUGGAUCUUGCCCGGGGGGUGAGCUGAGCUCUCCGUGGAGGUAGCAGCAGCAGCAGCAGCGUCUCGCGAAGUCGAUGGUGGUCUCGUGAUCUUCAGACGACGACAACUCUGGCGAGAGCCACCCGCCCAGCAACUGCAGCUCCACUGCUAGCGUGCUGCUGAUGCCAGCGACAGCAUGACGAGCGCUGAGAUCAAGAAGCCACCUGUGGCGCCCAAGCCGCGGCUGCCAGCGCCACCCCGGCCCUCCCAACCUCCCAGGCCGCCCGCCCCGCAGGCCAAUCACACCGACCGCGCCAACCACAAGGACCAGGGCGACCACACCGGGGAAGUAACCCACGCAGAUCGGGCCAACCACUCCGAUCAAAUCAACCACGCACCCCAGGCGAAUCACGCGGACCAGACUAACCACGCGCCCCAGGCGAAUCACGCGGACCAGAACAACCACACGGACCGGGUGAACGACGCCGAUCAAAUCGGCAAAACGGACCAGGCCAUCCACACCGGCGAGAUCGCUCACGCCGGGCAGGCGAAUAAUGCGUCGCCCAGGAGUCAGAAACCUCCCGUGGCCCCCAAACCUAAGGUGGCCAAGAAGCCGCCGGUGGCCGAGGUGAAGCCAACGCCGCAGCAGCCGCAGCAGCAGCCGCAGCAGCAGCCGCAGCAGCAGCAGCAGCAGCCGCAGCAGCAGCAGCAGCAGCAACAGCAGCAACAGCAGCAGCAGCAGCAACAGCAGCAGCAGCAGCAGCAGCAGGCGGUCGCGGCGGUGGCGGCGGUGGGCCCGGCUGACGGCACCAAGCCGUGUCGCGAGUGUGGCAGCCGCAACCGCAAACCGGAUGUCCCGGCGACGGCGGCGCUGCUUGGCUCGUGCUGCUGCCACCACCACCUGGAUUUCGGCGCCGCCCACGGGCUGGGGCUGACUCAGCGCGGCGAUGGUGGCGGCGGCGACGCUGGCAGCUGCUGCCUGUGCGCCGUGAGCCGCGUGGCCGCGUCGUGCAAGGGCUGCGAGGCGGCGUGCCGGUUCCGGCGCGUCUCCGACCGGCAUGACGCCGCGAUCCACGUACACGGCUGCGAGGCAGUGGCGCUGCUGCUGCACCAGACGGAGUUCGAUGGCGGCGGCGGCGAUGCGGCGCAGCCGGAAUCGUGCCGUGCGGCACCAGUGCUCGACUCACCCAAGCCGUCGCCGACACCGCCGCCGCCGCUGCCGCCGCGUUUGCGGAUCGCCGGAUCCGGGCACGAAGGGAUCGGAGAGCCCGCCUCUCGCCGAGGUGGCGCCGCGCUUGCGCCACGAGGCGGCGGACGCACGGGCGGCGGGCGCCGUCCGCCCCGUGGCUCCUCCGCCGAAGGCCGGCGCGGAUCCCGGAGAACUCGCGCCGGACGGCCCGGCCGUGCGCGACCGCCGCUGCCCCUCGCCGGGCGGCGGCGUCGAGGGGGAGCCAUCGAGCCGCUUCCCGGUCGCGGCGCCUCCAGAUGCGGGAUUGACGCCGCGACGUCCGGCGAGCGCCGGCAAGAGGUCGAGCGAGAGGUCGUCGGGCUCCCCCGGACGGCCGAGAGCGCGCGGAGAUGCCGGGGCCCCCGUCCCCAAGCCCAGACGUCUGGUGCCGACACCUCGCUUCCCAGACAGGGCCACGGAGAGCGUGGCCUCCGACGAAACGGGUCGCGACGACGACCGGCGGCCUCGCCCGCGGGCGGACGAGGCCGCGGCACGGAAGCCGGAAGGCGCCGCCGGCGCCGUCGAGCUGCAUUCUCUCCCGCAGCUUGGCGCGCCGACGCCGACGGAAUGGCCGCAGGGUGGCUCGACGGCGCGGAAUAUCGCGGGCGUGGACGCCGGCGGAGAAAUGGCGAGCGGCGGAAGCCGGUCCCCGGCAGAACGCCCCGGCGACGGGCGCCGUCGGUCGGCGACGUGCCAAAACGAACCCCGGCCUCCCGUCAGAGAACGGGCAGCGUUUGACGCGCACGUCACGCCAGGAGAUGCGGCAACCGAGCUGGGCCGGAGGCUCCGGCAACACGAGAAGGACGCGGAGCGGACGACCGGUGCCUCCGCCGCUCAAACCGAAGCGGGGAGGAGGAAAUGUCCGGUCGCCGGCGCCCGGCACGGCCGCGGAGUUGGAGCGAGCCCAGCGGGACAGCGACACGGACUGGGUGGCGACGCGGAGGGGCGCCGGCGGCGGCGGCAGCGGUGGCGGCGCCGGCCACUCGAUAGACCGGAGGCGGCCGAACUUUGGGCCUCCUCCCCCGCCGACGCUCCCUCCCAAGAAGGAACAUCCGAAGGGGCGACGACGUGGGCCGGAAGAGCUCCCGGGCGGCGGAGGCGGCGGCUUGCCUCAAGGACAUCCC